ACCUGAGCGCACACAGUACAAUGUACACAACAAAGUUCAUCCUCGCAGUCGUCCUCGCAGCCGUCGCCUUCGUGUCUGCUGCACCCGCACCCUUGCCACGCCUCGAUAACCAGGACCGUGCCGGUCCCAAGACCGACAACUGGGGCGGAGGAGGUGGCCCAGGUGGUCCCGACUGGUAGAUGACGUACCAGUCGUAUGUCGCUAUCGACAACCACACAUCCUCUCUCCCGGCCAGACGCACAAAGUUUACCCUGUUCGCCGAGUUCCGUCCUAGUUUGCGCCCACGAUCCACUAUUGGAUAGCGCCAUCUGCAGUAUACUUACUUCUACAUCACCACUGCGCCCACCCAUACCCACAUCAACCCUCUUUUUUAUCUUACUCAAUCUGACCUGGGUGGGCUGCACGCUAUUUUGCCAACUGUCUCCCCAGUGUAUCCAAAUUGUAUAUGCGUUCUCCCAUCCCAUCCCAUUCCACCCGACACCCC